AUGCGGCGCACGCGCGGAGUGGCGGCGGUGGUGGUGACGGUGGCGUUUGCGGCAUGGUGGACGCUGCUGGUCGACCACGAGCCGGCGACCUUUGUCAACAAUCUCGACGAGCUGUCCAAUGCAUGGGGCGUGCAGCGGUCGCUGGACGAUGGCUAUGCGCCAUCGCUGUUGCCGGAGCGGAGACGGACACUCGGUUUUGUUGUCGAAGCCAAUCGGAAGGCUCUGGCCAAAGUUGAUCAAUGGAUGGAUUCCGAGGUGCUCGCCCAGAGCCUGACAGGCUACGGCCUCGAUGCCGAUGCCGUCCUGCUCCUCGAUCGAGACCUCGGCCGCGAGCCGGUCCUCACCGAUGUCCUCUCCUAUCUCACGCUCUAUCUCUACGAGCCGCUCUCGGUCUUGGUCAUCGGCGACGAGGUUGGCAAGUCGGUCUUCCAGCUGCUCAAUCUCCACUCGCAGGCCGCCCUUACCGCUCUCUGCAUCGAAGACAUCAACCCGACGCUCGAGCGCUUCCUCACCCGUUCCACAGUCGCCCAGGAGCUUGGCCCGCCGGCGUUGCCGUUCGGAUACAAAUCGCCGCGAUCACACGGUGCGCCAGCUACUGUCACCCGCUACGUGUACAAGCCCAAGGACAACACCCUCGCCUAUUACGCUGGUGACGUUCAGGACGAUGCGGUGUGGACCGCCCUAGAGGGCGCCAAGUUUAACGUCAUUGUCUCGCUUGUCGACCUCUCGCCACAGCUCUUGCGGUAUAUGUACUCCAAGCUCACGCGGCAUGACCUCAUCGUCCGCUCUGAGUUUGUCCUCCUCUUUGAUGGCCUCGCUGAUGACGCCCUCGUCCCCAUCUUUCGUGACAUGGUCAAGGAUCUCGGCUCGCAUCCGACAGCUGCCGCAUCCGAUGGCACGCCGCACGUCUCGUCAUGUGUUGCCCGGAUGCGUGGCGCGCUCCUUGGUAAGAACGCUCCUUAUCGCGACGUCGGCCUCAUCACCACCCUCGACCUUUCCGAGUUCCGUCGCCGGCACGUCGUCGAUCCUGUCGAGGCGACUUAUUCUUACGCCGGCAUGUUUGUGGACCACACCUUUAGACCGGUUGGUGUCAUGGCCGCCGCGGCGAUGACAGCGAGCGGCACGUUUGGCACUGAAAGCGAGCUCGACACGCUUGGCACCGAGCCGCUGUCUGGCGAGCCACAGACCGGCUCGCGCGCCAGCAUCGGAUUCGUCACCCGCCCGGCUGUCGGCGCUGGAUUUGCUUCCUUCCGCCGCGUCAUGAUGGCCAUGACCCGGCGGCGUGCAGGGCUGUGCGGGAGCAUGUGGGACCUCUUGCCGCACCAGGCGUCGGACGUGGGUGUGCUGGUCCACCCAGGCGGGGCGGCGGUGGCCACGGCCGGCGGGCAUGCUCCCCGUCCGGGCGCCAUGGUGGCUGCGGGAACGGCCAUGUACGUGCCGCGGGCGCUGAAACGGGUCUUUGUGGGCAAUUUGCCGCCCGAGACGACCGCGGAUACGCUGGGCGGCUUGCUGAGCGAGGCCAUGCGCCGCCACGGCCUGGUGGCACCCGACGCCGCCGAUCCCAUCAACGUCGUCAUCCUCAAGAUGGAGCGCAGGUUCGCUUUUGUUGAGCUCCGCUCGCCAGAGGUCACCACCCGCGCCCUGGCUCUAGACGGCAUUCCCUUCCUUGGCGUCCCGCUGCGCAUCUCUCGGCCCAAGGACUACAUUCAGCCGCCAGGCGCCCCGCCGCCGCCGCCGCCGAUCUACUUUAGCCAGGACGGGGGGAACGACCCGUUGUUUGUGGCCGACAUCGUUCGCGAGUCGCCGCACAAGAUCUAUCUCGGCGGGUUGGACAAGGCUAUGACCCGCGACCAGGUCAUGGCCCUCGUCGCCGAGCACGCGCCUCUCGCGGCGCUGAACCUUGUGCCGGAUGCCGAGAAGCCCGGCCACUCGCGCGGCUUUGCCUUUUUCCAGCUUCGCGACGUGUCGCAGAACGCGGCGGUUAUCGCGGCGCUUGACGGCAAGACCGUCUCUGGUAGCCAGCUCAUCUGCCGGUUCUCCAAGCCGCCGGGCGGCGGGACCAGGCCAGGCCCAGGCCCGAGCGCCUUUGCCACCGGCGCCAACAUGGCACCGCUCUCUGCACCCACCCCGGCCCCAGUCAUCCAGCCGACGGCGGUGCUGAUGCUGCUCAACAUGGUGGUCCGCGGCGACCUCCUCGAUCCUGACGAGUACGAGGACAUUGUGCUCGACGUCAAGGAGGAGGCAGCCAACUACGGCACGGUCGCCUCGGUCGUCAUUCCGCGGCCGGGUACCGGGCCCAAUGGCGGCGAUCCGCCGGGCAUCGGUAAGGUCUUUGUGGCCUUUGCAUCAGCCGACGAGGCCGCCCGUGCCUCGGCCGAGCUCGCUGGCCGCACCUUUGGCGAUCGCACCGUCCUCGCCGCCUUUUACGACGAGGCCAAGUUUGCCGCCGGCGACUACUCGUGACGGCAGGAGGAGAAGGGAAGGCGGGGGAAAAGAGACCAUGUGCAUG